AUGUUCGUAUCAAGAAGCGCAAGAAGAGAAUUCUCGAUGACGUUCAAACACGAGAGCGCCGAAAAACUGUCUCAAUCUGAAAAGGACUGGGAAGAAGUACAAAAUCCACAGUGUACUGACAAGCUAGUCACUCCUGGAGAAAUCUUGAACGAACUUGGUCCACGCAACCCAUUCCUCCUAUCUUCUGUCCUCAUCACAGGGCUUACAUGGGCAGUGGUUGCAAUGAAUGGUAUGAGCACUGCGUUCAUUGUCCAGAGCUGCGUAAACUGUUCAGAAAUGGUUUCGCUCGUCGAUGAGUUUGAUCUACGUGAGAAUAGGGCGUACAUCUCAGAUGCAACAACUAGCGCCUUCAUGGUGGGAAACGCUAUUGGAGCGACGUUUAUCUCGAAGGCAGCUGAUAGGUACGGACGAAAAUAUGUUCUUCUGUUUUGUUUUUUAAUGAUGGCAUUUACUGGUGCAAUAGCUGCUUUCUCUCCUUCCGUUGUAAUUUACGGUGUACUUAGGCUACUGCAAGGGAUUUUUUACACAGGAGCAGCAUUGGUUGGAUGGGUCCUUGGUUACGAGUGCACUCCUGUGAAACUUCGCUUUUUCACAACAGUGUAUUUCGGAAUAGCAUGGGUGGUUGGCUACUGUCUUGUUACCCCCAUCGCUAUGAUUUCGCCAAGCUGGCGAUGGCUGAUUUUUUUCGUCUCCGUGCCUCACCUUCUCACUGCCACUUUAUGCUACUUGUUCGUGCCCGAAAGUCUUCAUUUCUUAGCUCUUGAGCGCAAGGAAUACUCAGUAGGAAAGUGGCUUGAAAAGGCAACGAGCAAACAGGGGGACUUAGCGCAGAUCGACCCAAAGAAUGUCGUGAGCACUUUGGAAGUGCAGCCACAAGCUGAGAACCUGUUCGUCGAAUUAUGGGCAAAUAAAGUAUUUCUGCUUUACACACUCGUUUUGAUAUACUUGUGGAACUGUGAUACUUUCAUCUACUUCGGUCUCUCACUCUACAGCACUCAUUUUGCUGGAAACAUCUAUUUGAACUACUUUUUAGUGGGAUUAGUUGAACUUCCAGCAUAUAUACUUUCACCAAUGGCCAUGAAUAGGUACGGAAGAAGGAUCGUAGUGGCCUCAUCACAUUUAGCAGCCGCUGGGACCUUUUUCGCACUUGUUUUUACUCUAGAGAAUGCUUGGCUACAGACGGCCCUGUGGGCGUUUGGAAAGUUCGCGAUCUCCUGCUCAUUCAUGAGCCUUUACGUGUAUGCGAGCGAAAUUUUUCCGACCAAUAUUAGGAAUCUUUCAAUAGGAUUUUGUGAAACGAUGUCACGAAUCGGCGGCAUUCUUGCCCCGUACGUCAUUGCUCUGAGCCGGAUUUCUCCCAUCGUGCCCAUGGUGCUGCUAUCAUUCAUAUCAUUAGUAGGAGGACUGCUAUCGUUCAUUCUUCCUGAGACGCUGAACCGACAACUUCCGUCCACCAUUCGAGAGUCCUCUCAACGACGAUAA